AUGGCCCAACUCGACCCUUACUUCAAGCAAGUCGACGGCUUGCAGUCGACGUUCAUCGAGAGGCUGAGAGAGGCGGUGGCUAUUCCCAGUAUCAGCUCCGAGGACCAGAGGAGGCCUGAUGUUGUCAAGAUGGGCCACUGGCUCGCCGACCAGAUCAAGGCGCUCGGUGGCACCGUCGAGCUCCGCGAGCUGGGAAAGCAGCCUGGCCGCGAGCACCUCGACCUCCCGCCCUGCCUGCUGGGCCGCUACGGAAACGACCCCAACAAGCUCAACGUCCUCGUCUACGGCCACUACGACGUACAGCCCGCAAACAAGUCGGAUGGCUGGGCGACGGAUCCCUUCACGCUCAGCAUCGAUGACAAGGGCCGCAUGUAUGGACGCGGAAGUACCGACGACAAGGGCCCCGUGCUCGGAUGGCUGAACGCAAUCGAGGCGCACCAAAAGGCCGGCGUAGAACUGCCCGUCAACCUGGUCAUGUGCUUCGAGGGCAUGGAAGAAAAUGGCUCCGAGGGUCUGGACGAGACCAUCCGCGCAGAGGCCAAGAAGUUCUUCAAGGACGUAGACGUCGUCUGCAUUUCGGACAACUACUGGCUGGGUACCGAGAAGCCUUGCUUGACGUACGGUGUCCGUGGCUGCAACUACUACCAGAUUGAGAUCUCUGGUCCUGGCCAGGAUCUUCACUCUGGUGUCUAUGGCGGCAUGACUCACGAGCCCAUGACGGAUUUGGUGCGCAUCAUGAACUCGCUGGUCGACCCAGAUGGCAAAAUCCUCAUCAAGGGCAUCGAUGAGCUCGUUGCUCCCCUUACGGAGCAGGAGGCUGCACUCUACCCACCAAUUGCCUUCACCAUGGACGGUCUGAAAGAGUCCCUGGGCGGUGCUGUGACGAUUCACGACAACAAGGAGGAGGCGCUCAUGCACAAGAUGCGAUACCCAUCGCUAUCACUGCACGGCAUCGAGGGUGCCUUUUACUCUGAGGGUGCCAAGACGGUCAUUCCAGCCAAGGUCAUUGGAAAGUUCUCGAUCCGGACUGUUCCCAACAUGGAAAUUGACCCCGUCACCAAGCUGGUUGAGAAGCACAUCAACGACGAGUUUGCUAAGCUCAAGUCGAAGAACACGAUGAAGUUCAGCGUCGUACACUGCGGAAAGUGGUGGGUGGAGGACCCCAACCACCCCAACUACACUGCUGCCGCAAAGGCCGUUGAGCGUGUCUUUGGCGUGAAGCCAGACAUGACAAGGGAGGGCGGAAGUAUCCCCGUGACCCUGACCUUCCAGGAGGAGCUUGGCAAGAAUGUGUUGCUGCUGCCAAUGGGUAGUUCCACGGACGCUGCUCACUCCAUCAACGAGAAGCUCGACAAGAUGAACUACAUUGAAGGCACUAAGCUGCUGGGUGCAUACCUGCACUAUGUUGCAGCAGAGAUGAAGCGCAGCUAA